GAAGCAGCAACCUUACGUUCAUUCCCUAAAUUUACAUCAGACUCAUCCUCAAGUUUAAACAGUUCGUAUUGCCCAUUUUUUUAAUCUUGGCCAGCUUUGCUGCUAUCUUCAUGGAAGUCCCUCCAUCUGGGGACGCUCCUCUGACACCUUUCUUUGAGACUUGCUGCAAAUAUUUCCGAGACGAUCCCCCCAGAGGAGACUUCCCUGUUCAGAAAAAAUCCCCGAAACUUUGUGGCUCCAACUACCCCCUGAGCAUUGCUUUCAUUGUGGUGAAUGAGUUCUGUGAGCGCUUCUCCUACUAUGGCAUGAGAGCUGUCUUGACACUGUAUUUCAUCAGCUUCUUCCAUUGGGAUGAGAAUCUCUCCACCUCUGUGUACCAUGCCUUUUCUGCUCUCUGUUAUUUCACACCUGUCAUUGGAGCCAUCAUGGCAGACUCAUGGCUGGGGAAAUACAAGACGAUCAUCUACCUCUCCAUUGUGUAUGUGAUUGGCCAUCUGAUAAAGUCAGUCGGAGCAAUUCCAUCCAUGGGGAACCAGGUUGUUCAUGUGGUCCUGUCUAUGACUGGUCUAUUUUUGAUCGCCCUUGGAACAGGAGGUAUCAAGCCCUGUGUCUCUGCAUUUGGUGGGGACCAGUUUGAAGAGGAACAUACCUCGGAGAGAAGCAAGUUUUUUUCUGUCUUCUAUUUAUCCAUUAAUGCUGGAAGUCUGAUCUCCACGUUUGUUACUCCUGUAUUGAGAGGGGAUGUGAAAUGUUUUGGAGAGGAUUGUUACGCACUGGCCUUUGGUGUCCCAGCAGCACUGAUGGUGUUAGCCCUUGUUGUGUUCGUUGCUGGAAGUGGACUAUACAGAAAAACACCACCGCAAGGGAAUGUCUUACUUGAAGUGUGCAAGUGCAUUGGAUUUGCUAUCAAAAACCGGCUGAAAAACCGCUCCCGUCAGAUUCCAAAGAGAGAUCACUGGCUAGACUGGGCGUCAGAAAAAUACUCAAAAAAACUGAUCGGUGAGGUUAAAAUGGUGACACGUGUUCUCUUCCUGUUCAUACCACUACCGAUGUUCUGGGCCCUAUUUGAUCAACAGGGAUCCAGAUGGACUUUGCAAGCCACGAAGAUGAAUGCUGAUUUUGGAAUAUACGUCCUUCAGCCUGACCAAAUGCAGUUCUUAAAUCCACUUCUUAUUCUUGUCUUCAUUCCCAUUUUUGACCUUGGGCUCUACCCACUUAUAAACAUGUGCAAAUUUAAUUUCACACCUAUUAGGAAAAUGGCAACAGGUAUGAUCCUUGCAGGGAUGGCAUUUGGACUUGCAGCCAUUGUAGAAGUCAAAAUAAAUGAAACCGAUAUGCCUCAACUUGUUCCAAAAGAAAGUUUAAUUCAGGUCCUGAAUUUGGCAAAGAACCCUGUUCAAGUGACAAUUCAAGACCAGCACCUAUUUCAGCAGCCCACAGUGGCUUUUCAGAACCCAGCUGAGUACUCAAAAUUAAUAUUGAAUGGAGAGCAACAGAGCCUUCACUUCACCCUGCAACAUCAAGGAUUGUCUCUUGCUUUUAACUACACCGUGAAGGAAAAAUCAGUAUACAGCUUAAUUGUUUUUGAGGCAGAAGGAAGCCUAUCAAGUCGCUUAAUUACAGACUUGGAAGCAAAGCCAGAAAACGGUUUGGCAGCAGUUAGAUUUAUUAACGGUUUGAGCCAAGAUGUCAACCUCACCAUUGACAGCAAACAGUUCAUUGCCAUUCAGAAAAACUACAGUGUUUCUGAGUACACACUGCUUGAGAGGGACAAAUACAGUAACGGAAGGUGUAUAACUGAAGCGGGGGAGUUCACCCUGGAUCUAGGGCUGCUCGACUUUGGCGCAUCAUACACUGUUGUGAUAACUAAUAUAUCUAGAGGCGCCCUUCAGAUAUGGAAGUCAGAAGAUAUCAAAGCCAACAAUGUCCAUAUGGCUUGGCAGUUACCACAGUACUUAUUAAUAUCUGCUGGUGAAGUGAUGUUCUCUAUCACGGGACUAGCCUUCUCCUAUUCUCAGUCUCCAGCCAGCAUGAAGUCAGUGCUCCAGGCAGGCUGGCUGCUCACGGUGGCAUUUGGGAAUGCGUUUGUGCUCGUUAUUGCCCAGGCUGCACCAAUGGCACAGUGGGCUGAAUUUGUCUUAUUCACUGUUCUCCUCUUUGCUGUGUGCGUUAUUUUCUCCAUCAUGGGAUAUUUCUAUGUCAGUGUGGAUCCAGAGGACCUGCAAGAAAAGGAAGAGAAGAGAGAGACCCCAAGCAGAGGAAACGUGAUUAGUCUUGUUACUCAAAAAACAAAGCUCUAACACA